UCCAGUCAGAUAGGCAGUUGGUAUGGGAAGCUCAGACCAUAACAGUGCUCUGCUACAGCGGCGUGUAACUCAGCUUUGUGAGGAAAAACCUAGACAGUAUUCAGUGUAGUUUCUAGUAUGCAUCAGGAAUUCUACAAGACCAAGACAGUGUAAUAGUGGAAAUGAUGAUGUUAUGCGAGGCUCAUUCAAGAACCCCGGAGAUCAAUCAGAGGCCAGUAUUCUUAGCAAACUUCUUCCAAGAGUAAGUGAUUUAGCUAAUUGCAUGCUAACAUCUUUUGAUAAGUUAUAGUCAACAGGGCAAUGGGUGGGAAGCAGUCCCGCAGUUUGUCCAGCAAGGAGUUGAGUGACAUGAGCGUGAGCCAACGGAGACAGAGUGCAAUUAGAGACGACCAGCCCAGCAUGUCCUUGGCUGCUGGGAGGAUCCGCAGACACACUAGACUGCAUUUUGGUUACAGCACCCUAAGUCUAGCCAUGCGAGGACUAAAUGAAACACCAACUGAACUAUGGCAACUCCGAGACCUUCAGAAGCUAAACUUGUCAAUGAACUGCCUGUGCUCUUUGCCCUCUUCCCUGGGUGCUCUUGACAAUCUGGUGAUUCUAAACUUGUGGGGGAACAACCUGUCCCGCCUUCCACCUGAGAUUGGCCUUCUAAAGAAACUGCGUGUGCUCUUCGCCUGUCGCAACCGCCUGAGUGAGGUACCAGAGGAGCUGGGCUCCUGUACCUGUCUGGAGGUGCUCAGUUUGGCCAAUAAUCAGAUCACAGGCCUGCCAAGCAGCUUGGCAGCCAUGCGCAAUCUGACGAAACUCAAUCUCAGCCACAAUCACAUCGCUCACAUUCCCACCUGCGUCUAUAGCAUGAAGGGUCUGGUCUUCCUCCAUCUCGCCUGCAACCGCCUGGAGACCAUUGCGGACCAGAUUCAGGACCUGGUUAAUUUAAAAAUCCUCAUUGUGGAAGGAAAUAGCAUACACACAUUGCCCAAAACUCUGUGCUUCCUGGAGUCUUUAGAACUCCUAAAUGUUGACUUCAAUGAUCUGCAAAGCGUACCAGUGGAAAUGUACUUAUUAAGUAAGCUGAGGCGGCUUGCGUGCCACCCGCUCGAUAAAGGACUCCAUAUUGUGCAUAACCCCCUUCUCAAACCUAUCCAGGAGGUGCUACAAGGAGGACUCAGUGCUCUCUAUAACUACCUCAAGCCCACAUGAGAGGGUACUACUGUGCAUGUGUGUCUAAAAGAGUGUGCUGUAAGGGGAAGCUGGCACAAAUCUGACCCUUGGCAUAUUGUAGUCACGCGUUUGUUGUUACCUCAGACUGUCUGUCAAUGAUAUCAUGAUUCAAAGCAAACAGCAACUGCUCAGUAAUAGUUUUAUAAGAAACCUUUUAAUCACUGACGGAUUUUCUAUUUUUCAUGUAAUGUUUGGAUAUAAAUAAACUAACUGAUGUGUCACGUCUAAAUAUUUGUUAAGUAACGGGGUCAGGAUGAGUAGUUCAGCUCAAGCAAAAAUUCACAGGUCUACAUUUGGGUGCUGAUUACGGUUCAGCUGAUCUUGUUGGGCUCACAGCAGUGAAAGGCAUGGGGCUAAGUUCAGCUCUCUAAGCACAGCUCUCUUUGUUGCAUUCAGGUCACAGGGAUCAGGUGUGUAAAGUCAGUGGAAAGAACAGCAGCGGGAGCUUAAGAUCCGCAAAAGAAUAAAACAAAAUGCAACAGGGACUUAGUCUCUCAUUAAGUGUUGUUCCACUCCAUCGGGUCAGAGCAGGGCUGCUAGGGAGCAGCAGCUCCUCUGAGGAUUCUGGAUGCUGUAACACCAACAAUUUUAAAAACAGCGAUGGAAAAGGGCAUACAGUGCAUGAAAUGUACUCUAAAAACAGAAUAAAUGUGUACCAAAGUGGGACAUAUUAUUCAAUUAAUUUCAAAUAAUUAGAAUAAAACAUGUAGUGUAAUUAAAGUUGAAAGCUCAUGAGGUUCUUUUGAGAUUGAACUAAUUUGUGUGCAUACAAAUUACAUAUUUUAUUAAAAACAGUAAUCACAUGAACCAUUUGCAAGGUGAAAAUGUUAAAGCAAAAUGUCCAACACUGUCAGAUGUCCUGUGUAAAAUUAUGUCUGAUGUCUCCGGACACUGGACGUUCAGACACAUUUAACAACUCAGUUUUAUCAAGUUUCUUUUCGAUGAUAAUGUGUCAUUUGUUUAGUUUUAUAUAAAAGUAACAAUAUGUCUGGACUGUGCAUGUGUCAACCAUUUAAUUGUGCAAAAAUAUUAAUUGGACUUAAUGUAACUUAGUUAAUUAUUUUAAAUAAACCUUUAAAGAUUACUUCAAUCCUGGAAUCACAACACAAGUAUCAGCAGGUCAUUAUUAAUGCAAUAUUGGUCAAAUCACUGCAAGCAUCAUCUGUGAACAUCAACACUCUCUCCCUCUCCUGUAUUGUCAUAAUUGUGCAGAUGAGGAUUUAUUUUGAAAUGUUAAUUAUUUACUCUGAUGAAGCCUUCUGUUUUUCAAAAUAAGACUUGCUUUCUC